AAUCUUUUCCCAACAAAACUGUAUCAGAUGGAGUCUUACUGAAAAGAGAAACUGUAUGGAAGAGAGUCAUACUUCGGGGCAAUAAGGAGUUGAGUAGAGAUAAAAGGUUUAGACCAAAAAAGAAAAAUGAUGUGUAUGUUGGGAGUUCAUCUCAGAACAUCUUGUGAGCUUAAAGUAGGUUUCAACCUAACUUGAUUCCUCUGAAGAGACGAAGAAGGAAUACGUCAGAAUUAUGCCAUAUAUUGGGUUUCAAAACAUAAACUAGAGUCAAACGUAGGAGUAGGCAUAGGAUAUUAGCAUCAGGCUGUAUGCUUUGUUUCUGCAGUGGGCCAAUUCGUUAGCAUCUAGGUUGCAUUAGUAGUUAUGUGCGAAAUGAACGUUCUAUGAAAAUGCACCUAACCACUGUGGCUUCCAUCCAAUAAGUACACUGGAUUAUUUAUGACAACUACAGUAAUAUCAGACUCGGGACAAUUGGGAUUGUGAGGGAAACUUCAUGCUUAUGUUCGCCUAUGAAGCAUGAACACCAGAUCUAGGGCAGUGUAGUUGGACAAGGUUCAUGCAUCGGACACACUCUGAACAUGUAUUCUUAUCUUUCUCUAUUUUGUGGACAACAAUUGGACACUUAUUACGCCAAGUUAAACUUUUAGAAGAAAAUUAGGGGCUUAAAGCAAGAAAAGAAAACUUUGAUGAAACAACCCUGAGAUCCUAAAAUCUCUAUUUGAAGACCGAUUCGAAGGCGAAGAGGAGAAUCUGGCCCAUAAGGAAAAGAAGUAGAGAACCUGUAUCACUCAUUUGAUCUCAGUUCCAUUCACUGCUUGCUUCUUCAGUUCUUUGUUCUUCUGUUUUUCCGGUUCUCUUUUCUUCAUCACUUCUCUGAUGUCUGCUUGAUUAGCCUUUCCUCCUUCCCAUGGCUUGCUGCCAGCUGCUAUGCUGCUAUUUUAUUUAUUGUAAAUGUGCAUGCUACCUUUUUGCUGUGUGAAUGAUUUAUAUUAUGUGAUAUAUUGCAGAAACAUGUCGAUUCUGAAGAUCCAAUCGAAAAUAUGCGAUUAAUGAUAUUCCAGAAUCAGCCUUUUCUUUUUCUAUGUCUUGCUGCUGGCUCUCUCCUAUGUUAUGUCUUAUUAGUUAUUUAUUUUACACGAGUGCUAUGCUUUGCUAUGUGAAUAGUUGAUAUAAUUAUUAACGAUAUCACAUAAACACGCUGAUGCCUUAAAGUCCAUUUGAAUAAUGGAGGGGGAAGAUUUAUUAGGGGGAGUGCAAUUUCCUUUAUGUUUAGGCUAUAGUGCUAUACAAAUUCUUACAUGAUAUCAUCCACUGCUUGUUUCUCCCCUUCAUUUCAAAAUUUGUGUCUGCAUGUCCAUGUCCGACAAACCUUGUGUCCGCACUCCGCACAACUGCUACUUAGGUAUUCACUUGUUGUGGCAAAUGGAUCACCCUUCUGCUUGUUUGUGGCUCUUUUGCGCUCGUCUACAAUUUUUUUUGCUUUUAUAAACCAUAGAAAAGAAAGAGAGAAGAUUUUGUAGGGGAGAAGGAGCGGAGAGGGAAGGAGGCCAGGCAUUCUGCAUUUGCUGGCGAAGAAAAGCUUUUAUUGGUUGUGGUCUAGAACCCAUUGCAGAGUAACUUAUAGGGCAUUCACUGUUGUAUCUUACCUGGUGGUUUAAAAUGACAAUGAGUUUGGAAGAGCCAUCAAAGAAAGCUUCACGUCCUCAACUGGUUGUGUUGAACAGGGCGUUCAAAUUGGCUGAGCAAUGGGUGAACAGUAUGGGCGACUCUUCAGAUGAUGUUAAACCAAAUGAAGUUAUUCUAGAGAGUCGACCGCCUAGGCUUGGAAUUGGUGCUGCAGUUCCACGUCAAUCACAAACUGUACUCUCAAAUGACCCCGCUGAAAGAAGAUUACGUGCUAAAUUGGAUGCUGAGAAAAGAAGAAAAUUGAAGAGCUCUGAAGCAUCAACAGUUUCCGCCAAUGAUGGGAAAGUUGAUGAAGAAAGCGACGAGGAGGAAUCAGAAAGCAAAACAAAAGCGUUUACGAAGAAGAGGCCUGCUGCAGCUUUGCCCUUGUCCUUGCAAGCAAAAAAGAAGAAAUGACUUUGCGUCAUCUAGCAAUGAAUACUUAUAUGUGCUAGAGCUCUCCUUUUGUAUAAUAUUCUUCGCCUUCAUAUUCUUAUGGCCAUUUUGCAAGGUGCAGUUCGUUUGAGGUUUCAGUAUAUUUCAGAGAAAUGUUCGAGUUCUGAGUAUGUGAAUUAGAGUUUCAGUUCUCUUU